GUCUCUGGCCCACAUUCCAGUACAGUAGAUGGCAGUAAUGCACCAUAACGUUGGAUGCCAACCGCGGAUAAACACCACUGAAGAAGAAUAAAAAGGAAGAAGAAGAAGAAGAAGAAGAAACAUUUGUAGCAAGAUACCUGUUUAGUGAGUGAUAAUGGGUCGCCACACCUCUGACAGCGAGGAUGACAGCCGUAGCAGGAGGAAGAAGAAGGAGAAGCACAGAAGGCGCUCCUCUUCCUCCAGCUCCUCUGGCAGCCGGGUGACCAGCCGCAGCAAGAGGUCCAGCAGACGCAGCCGCUCGCGGAGUCGCUCCAGAGAGAGAGACAGGAGACGCAGGCGGCGGUCCAGCAGCAGCUCGUCCCACGGCUCGUCUCGCAGGAGGAGGAGUCGUAAUGGAGAUAGAGACCGAGGCAGGACCAACCGCUCCCGUAGGUCACGCAGCCGCACCCGCAGGUCUCGUGAGCGGCGGCGGUCUCGCAGCAGGAGCAGUGGCCGGUCCAGCCGCAAGAAGAGCCGCAGCCACAGCCGAGACCACAGCAGGCGGAAGGGGCGCGACAAAGACAAGGAGAAGGACAGGGACAAUGGCAGGGACCGAGACAAGGACAGAGCCAAGGACAAAGACAAGAGACCCGACAAACAAGGGGACAGCACCUGCAUCAAAGCAGCAUUAGAACAUCUGACACCUGCAGAACAGGCCAGGGCUCGACUCCAGCUGGUGCUCCAGGCUGCAGCUAAAACCGAUGAGGUGCUGAAAGCCAAGGAGAGGAAGGACGAGGAGGCCAAGAAGAUGAAGUUGGAAGAGGGGACGUCGCUGGCGGAGCAAGUGCGAAGGAUAAAGGACAUUGAGGCCAUUGAGAGCGAAUCCUUUGUUCCCCAGGCUUUCAAAUCAUCCCGAGACGGUGUCAAGACCGAGUCAGUGAAAGUCGAGCAGGAACCGGACGACCCACCUCUGCUCCUAACAGACGUCAGCUCUCUACCUACCACAAUCCGCUACAACGACAGCGACACGCUAGCACACCCCAGUUUGUUCCUGGACAAGGAGAAGGCCGAGGAGCUGUGGCUCAACAGGCUGAUGUCCCUCCGCCAGGAGAGGCUCAUGGGAAGUCCUGUGCCCUGAUUGAACCAGCAGCUCCCCGGACCAAUAGAAUCGUCUGAACUGAGGAAACUUUGGUCCUGGACUAAAUCCACCUGUCCUCAUAAUGAGUAGGGACAGGAGUUUUUCCUGACCGCGUGACCUGGCUCUAGUUAGUCUAUCCUUGUCAGGUCAUACAGUCAGGAACAACUCCCUGUUCCUAAACAUAAACCUUUAUAAAUGUCUAUUGAACCUCUCAUUCACUGGACUGUCAGGAAACUUCUGUCUUUUUCAGAAUAUUCAUAUAUAGUUGAUUUGUUUAUCCCAAAUUAGUUGAAAUGAUACAUAGAAAAUGUGUACUGUCUGUUGGCUGUAUCAAAAGUUGAUCAAUUGUGUUUGAGUUAAAUUUGAAUAAAUAUUCUCCCCUGUGAAGAAAAGC